CCACGAACGUUGCUUGUGAGAACCUUACAGCAUCUCACCAAAUUUCUCGGCCACAAAAUUCUCGCUUUCCUCACAACUCAAUCGCAUCGACAAAAUGGCGGCCCCUGUGCAGCGGCUCCAGCCGACCAAGCUCCCCACACUCCCCUCAUCGACAACGCCCGAACAGCGAUACUGGCGCACCUUCGCCUCGCCGCUGCUGAUCCAUGAGUACUCUAACAUCACGUCGAUCCACUUCUCGCCGUCGGCGCGAGCGCACGACUUCGCCGUGACCUCGGCGUCGCUGAUCAAGAUCUUCUCCGCCAAAACCCGCGCAGUCUCCAAGACCAUCUCCCGCUUCAAGGAAACCGCCUACGCUGGACAGAUCCGUCGCGAUGGAAAAGUCAUGGCCGCAGCGGACGCCACCGGCACCGUGCUCGUCUUUGAUCUGGCGAGUAGAGCCGUCCUGCGCACCUGGGCUGGCGAACAUAAGGCUCCGGUCCAGGCGCUCCGCUGGAAUCCGAGGGAGCUGACGGGUCUCGUUACCGCGAGUGACGAUACUACUGUGCGUCUGUGGGAUCUUCCUGCGAGGGAGAGUGUGACCACCUUCACGGGCCACGAGGACUAUGUUCGUUCGGUUGCGUACUUGCCGGUUGGUGGAGUUGCGGGCGGUGCCGGCGGGCUGGUGGUCAGUGGGAGUUACGAUACUACGGCGAGGAUAUGGGAUCCGCGAAUUGCGGGGGGCAAGGCGGCAAUGACGUUCCGACACGAUACGGCAGUGGAGGAUGUUCUCGCCAUGCCCGGGGGAACGACGCUGCUGUGCGCCACCGGGAAUGUGGUCCGUGUGUGGGAUGUCGUUGCGGCGAAGGAGAUCGCCGUCCUCAGUAAUCACCAGAAAACGGUUACGAGCUUGGCGCAUACGACUACGGGAGAGAAGAGGAGGGUGCUCACCGGUGCGUUGGAUGGCCAUGUCAAGAUUUACGAUACCGCCUCGUGGACUGUCGUUCAUGGUGUGAAAUACCCCGCGCCUAUCUUGUCACUCGCCGUUUCGCCGGAUGAGAAACAUCUUGCCGUCGGGAUGGUCGGCGGACUCCUCAGCAUUCGGACGCGCCGCAGUGGAGGCGAGAAGGACACUGUCAAGGAGAAGGAGCGGGCGAUGGAUCUGAUCAUGAAGGGACUCGACCCGCGGGCCGUCGACAAGAAGAAGGGAAAAUCUGGCAACAAGGCGAGGAAACUCAAGGGACUCGACUACAAGGGUGAAGAGGAGGAGUUGAUCAUCGACGCAGCACCGAAGCGGGCGAAGAAGGAGCGUGCAUUUGAGGUUGACCUGCGGAAGGGGAGGUACACAGAUGCACUGGAUCGUGUUCUUGGCCCCUCAGGCCGUGGAGAGCCAUCAAUGAUUCUUACUGUGGUUAAGGAGCUGGUCUACAGGAACGCUGUGGGCAAGGCCCUAGCGAACAGGGACGAGGAGGGUCUGAGGCCGGUGAUCGAGUGGUGUGUGCGGUGCGUUGGAGACCCGAGGAUGGUGGGCGUUGUGGUCGAGGUUGUCGAGGCGGUGCUGGACCUGUAUAGCCAUGCACUGGGACAGAGCAUCGAGUUCGACAAGCUGGUGACGAGGCUCACGGCACGGAUCAACAACGAGGUGGAGAAUGCGCGGCAGGCACAGCGGACGGUGGGAAUGCUGGGGAUGCUGGUGGCAGGAAAUGAAUAAUGCGUUGCUGCGUUUAUGGAUUGUAUAUAAUUUUGGGCAUCAUGGCGUUUCUGUGUGCUUUAGAUCAAAAAAGUCUUGUAUUUGUGGGAGGAUUGGAGCCGACUGCGGUCCAUAGUAAAUACCUUAGGAGCUGGUCAUGUUCGUUCUUCGGAUAGACUGUAAACUUGAAGAACCCGUACUUUGUUG